AUGUCAACUCCAGCGCUACCUCCCAACUUCGAGUGGGGAUUUGCCACGGCGUCUUACCAGAUCGAAGGAGCUGUGGCAGAAGAUGGUCGCGGGAAAUCCAUUUGGGACACGUACUGCCACCUGGAGCCAACAAGAACAAAGGGCGCAAACGGCGAUGUCGCUUGCGACCACUACCAUCGCUUUGAGCAGGACAUCGAACUGCUGAGCAAGUACGGCGCCAAGGCCUACCGCUUCUCCAUCUCGUGGUCCCGGAUCAUCCCCUUGGGCGGGAGAAACGACCCGGUCAAUGAAGCCGGGAUCGCGUUCUACAACAGGCUGAUCGAUGGGCUCCUCGCCCGAGGGAUCACACCUUGGGUGACACUGUACCAUUGGGAUCUUCCUCAAGGGUUGCAUGAUAGAUAUGGCGGGUGGUUGAAUGUGGAUGAGAUACAGCUCGAUUUCGAGAGGUACGCCCGUGUCUGUUUCGAGCGCUUUGGUGAUAGGGUCAAAGACUGGAUCACAUUGAAUGAACCGUGGAUUCAAUCCAUAUUUGGUUAUUCCACAGGAGGCAAUGCCCCUGGGCGAAGCAGCACCAACAAACAAUCUACCGAAGGAGACUCGACGACUGAGCCCUGGAUCACCGGUAAAGCCCAGAUCAUGAGCCACGCUCGUGCAGUCGCAGCCUACGACAAAGACUUCCGCCCAUCUCAAAAAGGUAAGAUCGGAGUGUCGCUGAACGGUGACUACUACGAGCCUUGGGACGCAAAUGAUGAGCGCGACAAGGAGGCCGCGGAACGAAGAAUGCAAUUCCACAUUGGUUGGUUUGCCAAUCCAAUCUUCUUAAAGCAAGACUACCCCGAAUGCAUGCGUACGCAGCUGGGCAGGAGGUUGCCGUCCUUCACAGAAUCCGACUUUGAGAUCUUGAGAUCAGCCGAGACGGACUUUUACGGCAUGAACUACUACACGUCCCAAUUUGCACGCCAUCGGGAGACCCCAGCCCCCGACACUGACUAUGUUGGUAACGUCGAUGAGUUGCAAGAGAACAAGGAAGGUAUCCCUGUUGGAGAGAAGAGCGGCCUUCACUGGCUCAGGUCCUGUCCCGGGAUGUUCCGCAAACACCUCACCAGAGUGUAUCGCCUCUAUGGCAAACCAAUCUACAUAACUGAGAAUGGGUGCCCGUGCCCCGGGGAGGACAAGAUGUCCCGCGACGAGGCAAUCAACGAUCCGUAUCGCAUUCGUUACUUUGAAAAGCAUCUCGAUUCUAUUAGCAAGUCCAUCAACGAAGACGGGUCGAUAAUCAGUGGGUACUUUGCUUGGUCGUUGCUCGACAAUCUAGAAUGGUCGGAUGGCUAUGGACCUCGCUUCGGCGUCACAUUCACAGACUACGACACGUUGGAGCGUACGCCCAAGAAGUCGGCCUUGCUUCUCCAUAGCAUGAUUACGGAGAGGCAAGCGGUCAAAGCCACGUCUUGA